UUUUCCCCCAACAAAUUUUAUUUAUUUAUUACUUGGGCAGAAGCUUUUAUCUCGCGCUCUCUAUCUCUGGUUAGGGUUUUUGCUACAGUAAUACAGAUAUCUGAUCCUCUUCUUCCUUUGGGGGUUUUCUGGCCUUGGACUAAUUAAUAAAAUUUUUCAGUUCCAGCCAACGCACAGCAAUGCCUCGAUAUUACUGUGAUUAUUGCGAUACUUAUUUGACCCACGAUUCUCCAUCUGUGAGAAAGCAACACAAUGCAGGAUACAAACACAAGGCAAAUGUGCGAACGUACUAUCAGCAAUUUGAGGAACAACAAACCCAAAGUUUGAUUGACCAAAGGAUUAAGGAACAUCUUGGGCAAGCUGCAGCUUUUCAGCAAGUUGGUGCUGCUUACAAUCAACAUCUACUGGCUCAGAGGCCCCGUCUUCCUGUUCUGCCGACACCCGUCAUGCCACAGAUUCCUGGUGCUCCAUUGAUUCCAGGGGUCAGGCCUCCGGUUUUGCCGAGACCAGUUCCUGGUGUUCCUGGAUAUGCCUCUGGCCCAAUGCCAUCGAUGAUGGCUCCACCAGGUGCUCCUUCCUUACCUGGUGCUCCACCUGGCGCUCCCUUGAGGCCUCCUGCUGUGAAUGUGCCCACCUCAAUUCCUGGGAGCACAGCAACACCCACUUCUUCUAGCAGUGCCCCAACUUUACAAGCAAUGUAUCAAGCCAAUCCAGCAGCACCAACAAGUGGAGGUUAUGAUAGUUUCAAUGCUAAUACUCAAGCUUCUGAAUCAAACCAGUAGGCUGAUUCAAAGUGGUGAGCUUAGGUGUCUAAGAAAAUUGGAGUGUAUCGUUAUGUGUUACAACGGUUUGCAUGGGAUGUUAAACAUUUGAGAUUUGUAAUUAAAUAUGGCCAAUUCAUGAAGUAACAACGAAUUUUGAUCU